CCCUCUCCCGCUUAUUUAUAAUCCUAGCCCUGUCCUCCCUCGUCUUCACAACUCCAAAGCGCAGAAUCAACGAGCACGAGCUCGCAUUCCCGUCGACACCAUGAGAAUGAUCGACCUGAGCCGCCAGACCGGCCCCCUCCACAUGAUCGACACCGCCACCGCCGUCGACUGCGGCCGCGAGGUCCGCCUCCGCCGCUCCCUCCGCUCCCUCGUGGAGUGCGUCGUCCCCUGCUGCUGCGGCUUCCAGGCCUCCCCGUCCUCCGACUCCGACUCCUUCAGCGUCUCCGCCGAGUCCUCCGCCAACUGCUCCUCCGUCGUCACCGGCACCUUCUUCGGGUACCGCCGCGGCCGCGUCAGCUUCUGCCUCCAGGACGACACCCGCGCCGCGCCCCUCCUCCUCCUCGAGUUCGCCGUCCCGACCUCCUACCUCGCCCGCGAGAUGCGCCACGGGCUCCUCCGCAUCGCGCUCGAGUGCGGCCGGAGGAAGGCCGGGGAGGCGGCCGCGGCGGCCGAGGACGAGGAGCGGCGGGGGCGGCGCGGCGGGGACGCGCUGUUCAGCGAGCCGGUCUGGUCCAUGUACUGCAACGGGAGGAAGGUCGGGUUCGCCGUGAGGCGGCGGAUGACGGCGGGCGACGCGGCGGUGCUGAGGCUGAUGAGGUCGGUCUCCGUCGGCGCGGGCGUGUUGCCGGUGGCGGCGGCGAAGAGCGAGAAGGGCGACGGGGACGGGGACCUCUUGUAUCUGCGGGCCAGCUUCGAGCGGGUGAUCGGAUCGGCGGACUCGGAGAGUUUUCACAUGAUCGAUCCGGUGGGGAGUUAUGGGCAGGAGCUCAGUAUUUUCCUUCUCAGGACGUGAGGCGUGCGAUGUAAUUUGUAAUUAUCAAAUUAGCUUAAAUUCGAAUGCUGUUCGAGCUUAUGUUAAUUUCUAGAAUUCAAUGAAUUUGGGAUGUACGAGGGGGAAGAAGUAGAGCAAUGAGAGAAGAAACUGUCCAAUUGUUUAAAAUUCUUUUCCUUUUUUUGGCUUUAGAUUCCAAUUUAGCUUUGAUUAUAUUUUUA